UUAAACAUCCACUCUAUCACUUGCACUGGCAGUUAACUGAUAAAAUUAAUCUUUCACACACACUCGCCCCUCUCUGGGUGUUUACUGUUUAAAGUUUAGUUUCACUUCUAUGAAGCUUGUGGAACAGACAGUUUUCUCCAUCUGAACCUCCAGCUGAAGAUCAAAGUGUGUGUGAGCUGAUGUGGAUGUGAGUUCAGCAGCAUGAGUCAGUGUGAGGACAGAGAGGAGGGAGCCCCUCCCUCUAAAAGGACUCGGUGGGGGGAACAUGACAUAAGGACCAAAGCUCAGAGCCCAGAGCAGCAGAACACAGCAGAUUCUGUUGGACCUGGACCUGAACCUGGACCUGGACCCAGCUGUGUGUCCUUAAAGAGCAACCAGUCAAUGAGUCACAUCAUUCAUUUUAAAGGACGACAACCCUCUGCUACAAAGAGAGUGGACCAGGAGAGCUCAGAGGUUCCCAGUGGUCAGUCUGCCCAGCAGCAUCAAACACACCUGGACUCCAUAUUUAUGCUGCUGGAGGACAACAUUGUCACUUUUGUGAAGAACGAGCUGAAGAAGAUUAAAAAGGGUCUAAGUUCAGAUUACCCAGAAUGGUUAGAGAGUCAAAGGGAGGAUGAGGAGGUGUUGGAUGGUGAGGAUGAAGAGCAGAGGAGGAGCAGCAGAGAGGCUUUUCUGAAGAUCACUGUGCACUUCCUGAGGAGAAUGAAGCAGGAGGAGCUGGCUGACCGUCUGCAGAUCGGAAGUGAUCCUGAUUGUCAGCGAAAACUAAAAUCCAACCUGAAGAAGAAGUUCCAGUGUGUGUUUGAGGGGAUUGCUAAAGCAGGAAAGCCAACCCUUCUGAACGACAUCUACACACAGCUCUACAUCACAGAGGGAGGGACUGCAGAGGUCAAUGAUGAACAUGAGGUGAGACAGAUUGAAACAGCAUCCAGGAAACCAAACAGACCAGAAACAAGAAUCAGACAAGAAGACUUUUUUAAACCCUCACCUGGAAGAGCUGAACCAAUCAGAACAGUGAUGACAAAGGGAGUGGCUGGCAUUGGGAAAACAGUCUUAACACAGAAGUUCACUCUGGACUGGGCUGAAGACAAAGCCAACCAGGACAUACAGUUCCUGUUUCCAUUCACUUUCAGAGAGCUGAAUGUGCUGAAAGAGAAAAAUUACAGCUUGGUGGAACUUGUUCAUCACUUCUUUACUGAAACCAAAGAAGCAGGAAUCUGCAGGUUUGAAGAGUUCCAGGUUGUGUUCAUCUUUGACGGUCUGGAUGAGUGUCGACUUCCUCUGGACUUCCACAACACAAAGAUCCUGACUGAUGUUACAAAGUCCACCACAGUGGAUGUGCUGCUGACAAACCUCAUCAGGGGGAACCUGCUUCCCUCUGCUCGCCUCUGGAUAACCACACGACCAGCAGCAGCCAAUCAGAUCCCUCCUGAAUGUGUUGAUAUGGUGACAGAGGUCAGAGGGUUCACUGACCCACAGAAGGAGGAGUACUUCAGGAAGAGGUUCAGAGAUCAGGAGCCGGCCAGCAGAAUCACCUCCCACAUCAAGACAUCACGAAGCCUCCACAUCAUGUGCCACAUCCCAGUCUUCUGCUGGAUCACUGCUACAGUUCUGGAGGAUGUGUUGAAGACCAGAGAGGGAGGAGAGCUGCCCAAGACCCUGACUGAGAUGUACAUCCACUUCCUGGUGGUUCAGUCCAAAGUGAAGAACAUCAAGUAUGACAGAGGAGGUGAGACAGAUCCACACUGGAGUCCAGAGACAAGGAAGAUGAUUGAGUCUCUGGGAAAACUGGCUUUUGAGCAGCUGCAGAAAGGCAACCUGAUCUUCUAUGAAUCAGACCUGACAGAGUGUGGCAUCGAUAUCAGAGCAGCCUCAGUGUACUCAGGAGUGUUCACACAGAUCUUUAUAGAGGAGAGAGGACUGUACCAGGACAAGGUCUUCUGCUUCGUCCAUCUGAGUGUUCAGGAGUUUCUGGCUGCUCUUCAUGUCCAUCUGACAUUCAUCAGCUCUGGAGUCAAUCUGCUGGCAGAAGAACAAUCAACCUCCCAGAAGUCUGAAACAAGAAAAGAUGAAUCUGCAGAGACACAGUUCUACCAGAGUGCUGUGGACAAGGCCUUACAGAGCCCAAAUGGUCACCUGGACUUGUUCCUCCGCUUCCUCCUGGGACUUUCACUGCAGACCAAUCAAGAUCUCCUACAAGGCCUGCUGCCACAGACAGGAAGUUGCUCAAAAACUAAUCAGGAUAUAGUCCAGUACAUCAAGAAGAAAAUUGAGGACAGCCCGUGUCCAGAAAGAAGCAUCAAUCUGUUUCACUGUCUGAAUGAACUAAAUGAUCCUUAUCUUCUUGAGGAGAUCCAACAGUUUGUGAGAUCAGGGAGACUUUCUACAGAUAAACUGUCUCCUGCUCAGUGGUCAGCUCUGGUCUUCAUCUUACUGUCAUCAGAAAAAGAUCUGGACGUGUUUGACCUGAAGAAAUACUCUGCUUCAGAGGAGGCUGUUCUGAGGUUGCUGCCAGUGGUCAAAGCCUCCAACAAAGCUCUACUGAGUGGCUGUAACCUCUCAGAGAGAAGCUGUGAAGCUCUGUCAUCAGUUCUCAGCUCCCAGUCCUCUAGUCUGAGAGAGCUGGUCCUGAGUAACAACAACCUGCAGGAUUCAGGAGUGAAGCUUCUGUCUGCUGGACUGGAGAGUCCACAUUGUACACUGGAAACUCUCAGGCUGUCAGGCUGUAUGAUCACAGAGGAAGGCUGUGCUUCUCUGGCCUCAGCUCUGAGCUCCAACCACUCCCAUCUGAGAGAGCUGGACCUGAGCUACAAUCAUCCAGGAGACUCAGGAGUGAACCUGCUCUCUCCACAGUGGAGACUGGACACUCUCAGGGUGGAGCCUGCUGGAGUCCGAUGGUUGAGACCAGGUCUGAGGAAGUAUUCCUGUGAACUCACAGUCGACACAAACACAGUGAACAGAGAGAUCAAACUGUCUGACAACAACAGGAAGAUGAUUCAUGUGAAGGAGGAUCAGUCAUAUCCUGAUCAUCCAGACAGAUUUGAGAAAUGUCCUCAGCUGCUGUGUACAAAUGUUCUGACUGGUUGCUGUUACUGGGAGGUCGAGUGGAGUGGAAGGGUUUAUAUAGCAGUGAGUUACAGAGGAAUCAGGAGGAGUGGAAGUAGAGCUGAGUGCAGGUUUGGAGAGAACUAUCAGUCCUGGAGACUGAGUUGCUCUGAUGAUGGUUACAUUGUCUUUCACAAUAACAGAGGAACAUCCAUCUCCUCCAUCUCCUCCUCCUCUGGUAGAGUAGCAGUGUAUGUGGACUGUCCUGCUGGCACUCUGUCCUUUUACAGAGUCUCCUCUGAUACACUGAUCCAUCUCCACACCUUCAACACCAUAUUCACUGAACCUCUUUAUCCUGGGUUUGCAGUCUGGCCUUCUGCCUCACUGUCUCUGUGUUCACUGUAGGAAGGAGAGUCUCCUCCUGUUAGCGACACAUUCAGUAGAGUCUGUACAGGAUCACAGUUACUGAAAUCGUUUGCUGUAUCUGACUCUUGGCCCGGUCAUCAUUAUAAAUAAAUAAUGUUAUAUUUUUAAUUAACGUUGGAAUUCAUUUUAGUUUCCGUAUUUAUGUUUCAAAAUGGACUGAACAUUUCCCUCAUUUGAUUCCAGUAUGACAAAUAGUCAUAGUAAAAAGUAGAUUAAACAAAAUGCAGUUCAGGAUCUAAAGAAUAUACAGUGAAUGUGAAUAUACUGAGAUGUUUAUACAGUGUGUACAAUGUAAUAUGAGAUAUAUAAAUGCAUAGUUUAUCUGUUCACCACCAGAGGGCGCCAAAGUUCUCCAGGAGUUGUAAGACUUGGACGUGAAUUAAAAGUAAAAGUAGUAAAAGUAGAAAAUGCCUCCUGUGGCUGUUAUUAUGACUAUUUAUAUAAAAUCUGAAUUUCACCGUUGCAGUUUAUUGAGCUAAUUUUGAACUAUUUUGUAUUUAAAACUCAUAUAUGUAUAAUUCUAUUUUCCCUAUAUUUUCUGUAUCUGUUCUAUUUUGAAUUCAAUUGUUUUCAAUAAACAGUUUUUGAGUCACUGUGA